UGCACUCUGUAGAGUGGUAUAAUUUAGAUGCGCGCAGAUACGGAUAUUUCUGGUGGAGGAAACUGCACAGGCAGCAGCAUGAGGUGGAAUAAUGAAAAAGAGGGUAUGGCUAACUUUCAGUAGCGUGGGGUCUCUCUAGGGACGCACCCAUUUUAUAGAUGAGAAAAACACGUCCGACCAUAAAGAAGAAAUUAUUUGAUGAAGGCCACCCAAGGAAUUAGCCGCCGUCUCCAUGCAGAGUUUGCUGCUGAAAGAGACUGGGACCAGUUCCACCAGCCUCGGAACCUUCUCCUGGCCUUGGUGGGGGAAGUGGGAGAGUUGGCAGAACUCUUUCAGUGGAAGCCCGAUGAGGAGGCUGGCCCUCAAGCCUGGCCCCCCAAGGAACGGGCAGCCCUUCAAGAGGAGCUUAGUGAUGUCCUCAUCUACCUGGUAGCAUUAGCAGCCCGCUGCCGUGUGGAUCUGCCCCAAGCAGUCCUCGCCAAGAUGGACAUCAACCGGCGACGUUACCCAGCACAUCUGUCCCGUGGCUCUGCUCGCAAGUAUACAGACUUGUCCCAUGGGGUCACCUCCAAAGACCAGGCUGAGAGGCCUGCAGAUCUUACCUGUGAAUCUACCGGUCAAACCUCAACCUAGAACAUAGGCACAGAACCUGAACUCAUCAUAGCAUCUAAGGAGCAGAGGGUGGCCCAGCCAUGGAAGCUCUUCUAAUCCUUUCCUAGGUGAUCAUGGGCCUAGCGCCCCACUUCCAGAGUUCUGAGGCCCAAAAAUCUGCAGAAGACAGCUUCAUUUUUCUCUCUCAAUAAAACAGUUUUGGUUAGCAAUUUCCAGAUUCUUCCUGGAGCAGUGGUGGAGAAGACUGUGUCCCAGAAGGUGCCAAAGACGGAUGCUCUCGGGCUCAAACUCCCACGUUUAUAGUAUCUUCUUCCUCUGGGACAGAGGUUUAAUUUCUAGCAGUUCCCUGUGAGAUUUCCUGCAAGGCCCCUUCCUGUUCCAUGCUUCUAAAGGAGGUUGGAGGCUGUGUGUAGUGUUGGUUAAGAAUCCACAUUCUGGAACUAGCCUUUCUGGGUUCAAGUACCAUCAGUGAUACUUAUCUGGAUGGUGUUCAAAUCACUCUGUACUUCAGCUUGCUCAU